AGAAAAAAUAUUUUGUCAGUUUGUCAAUACAUUCCAUUUCUUUUAUGUUCCAGUUCAGUAAACGCAUUUCCAUCUGCAUUACAUUGAGCUAGUGUUCUUAUAAAAACAAAUUUUAAGCAGGACACUGGAUAAGACAUUCUCCAGCCCAUAGCAGCACUUUUUUCAUUUACAAAUAUUCAUUUAUAUUUUACAAUAAUAAAAACAUUAUAAUAGUAGAUCUGAUAUUUUAUUUAAGUUGUCACUGUAUAUUUUAUUCAUCCAUCAUUAAACGAUUCAACUUGAAGCCAAUCAUAAAACUGUGGCUGUCAAUACAAUAACUUAAAUAAAUUUUAUUUAUUCUAUUUAUUAUUUUCAUUAAACAUUAUUAUAAUUAAUAUUUUAUUGUUAAUUAAUUUUUUUUGUUGUUUUUUGUUUUUUACACUGUUUUGCUCUGUUUUGGUGAAGGGUCUGAACAGGUUGUUUUUGAGAGUUAUCUUACACUCUCAGAAAAAAAGGUACCUUUUUACCUUAUUUACCCCUAAAGGAUGAAGACUAUUAGUACCUUCUGAAAGAUGACAUGAGAUGAACAAUUUUUUUCUGAUAGUAUAAGGAUUUGGAAUCACCAGCAGAUUGUAGGCUUCCCCUACCUCCAAAAUCCCCAUUUAUUCCCAAUGUGAAAGAGAUGAUCAUUCAGCAUAUUUCUGAGUGGUAAAGCUCAGCUGCCUUGUCUGUGUGUUGUAGAGAGAGCGACAGAUUGCUUUUGUGAGAUAAAGAUUUUGUGAAAGACCGAGGAGAUUCUGCUCCCCGCUAUGUGACAACAUAUCCUCUCAAAUAAUGGCUUAUCUCCAUUCCCAAAAAGAGAACUUUGUAAUGAUUAAUUGAUAAACUUUGCCUUAGAAAUGCAUCUCUAAUCCAGACACAUUUAGCAAGAAUUACAUCAAUGCUCAUGCUCUCCCCUGCUGCUGAUACUGUCAUCAGAUCGGCUGGGAUAAAUUGAAUUAUUAACUCAUUAAAACUUAAUAAACUUCUCCUGUCAGUGAGCUGCUCCCCAUAACGAACCACAGGCUUAGCGCUGCCCCCUGAUGUUCCACCCAGACGCGUCCUCUGUCUUCAUUCUGACACUCACGCUGGCAGGCGAACAUUUGACGUGUUGCGUCACGACAAAUCUGAUGGAGUUGUGAAUGAAACUGAGGACUGCCAAGGUUGAGAAAUGCUUUUCUUGUACAAGCAAGGACAUUUGCAGUCACACUCCUUGAAAAGCAGCGCAAAUGUGGCAGCAGAUUUUGUACAUGUAUUGAUAUUGAUUUGAAAGGAAAGCAUAGCCUGCACUGUAAAAACAAUUCCCGUAAAAUUUACGUUAAAAAAACAGCAGCUGUGGUAACGGUAACGACAUUUUAGGUUUUACGGUUUUAAUUUACAGUUAAAUACCAUAAUUUCAUUAACUGACAUAAUGCUAAUAUACCAACCUAUUAAAAUACUGAAAUCUGUUUUGUACCUUUGAAAUACACUGAUAACCACCAAAUGCAGGUGGUGAUGAGAAAGUCACAUGAUGAACCAAAGUCCAUCACAAGCAGCUUUUAAAUAAUAACAUAUAUAGAAGGUGCACAGUGUCAUUCACACAAGCACUAAACACCAUCAUUAAACUGAAAUAUGCAAUAGACAUUAAUUUAAAAACAUUAGUUGUAACAUACAACCCUAAUAAACAUAACUAAGAAGAAAAAAAGAAGAAGAAACAUAGUCAUUUCAAAGAAAAAACAUCAAAUUCAAACAAAAUUUGAAAUGUAAUGCAGGGAAUGUCAGUUUACGGUUUACGGUACUGUAAAUUUUGCAGGAACUUACCGUUAACCAUUUAACAGGUUUUUACUGUAGCAUUUUCACAGUUUUUUACCGUUAAAAUCACAGUCAUUUCUUACAGUGUGGCUCUUACUAAUCAGCGUUCGAAUGAGGCAACCUGUACUCGUCAUACAGGGUUUGAGUCAUUUAGGCAAGUGUGAGGUGAAAUAGAUUUUUAAAGAAUUUGCACCUCGAACUUUGUCUUGGUGAUUUUAACAAGUUCAGUUAUUUAAAUGCAUUAGGUACAUUUUUUAAAUGUGAUUUGCAUUAGGUUUAUACAAAUAAGUAAGGAAAACUGUCGUAAAAAUGCAUGGUAGAUUAUUAUUGACGUAGUGAAGGUACAUGUUUAAAUUAUGCAUUAUAGGGAAACUAGGCACAAGGUUUAUUCCGUGCAUGCAGGUCAAUCUGUUGCUAUAUCGGUUAUGAGAGCGCUCCAUGGUGGCUUGCCAGUUCACUGAAAAUUGUUUGCCCCAUUUUUCAGCCCAAGAUUAUAACCAUUUCUCUUAAUGGUCAUUUUAGAGCAAUAAUGGAAACAGAUGCCUUUAUGGUUCUAUUCUAUUAAUAAUUAAUUGAGAAUAUGUGCAUGUAACCUUUCCACAAAUUAUGCCCUUUGAUAAUUAUGUAUCAAAGCAGUUACUACACUCAUGUAUCUUUCAUAACAACGAGAAACGCAUCAUCUUGUAGUAUGCAACAGUGUGUAUCAUGUCUAAGGGAGUAUUUAAAAUAUUAAAGAACAGCCUAGAAGUGAGAAACAUAAAGAGAUGUAUAUAAUCAGAGCUGCUGGGAUGUUUUGAGAUGUAAUUAUCCAUUCCAAAGCCAGCUUCAGAUUUUAUGAUGGAGAUAUUCAUUUUUAAUUACAAGACUAAAUGGCGGCAUUUAGAUGCAGGUUUAAAUGAUGCAUUCUCAUGCAAGAUAGAUACCUCAGAAAACGUAAAAGCUCCCUUGCUGGUGAUUCUUAUCUGAGAGGCUGUUAGAUAUUUAUAUUGUCUGAAAUAAGGGGUGUAUUUCAACCCAUUUCAUGUUGGUAGGAAAGUCAAUCAAUAGAUAAUAAUAAUAGAUAAGAUAUCCAAAGGUAAAUUGUCAUUAUAUAAAAAUACACAAUUAAAAAAAAAAAAAUCUCCUUUUUGUCUCUAAUAUUGAUCUGCCUUUUUUUGAUUUUAUACUGUAUGCCUAUUUUAUAGUCCUACAGUUAAUAGUGUACGCUCCCUCAUCUUACCUAAUUACCUGGUGAUUUCACAUAGACAUAAAACAUUUAGACAGACAUGGUUAAAAUCAGUCUUCGUAUCUAAUCUAAAUGACACAUUUGUGAUCCUAAGUCUAACAGACCUGUGGAAUGCCUGCCUUUUGCUUUCCUCCAUUAUUGAUUUCGAUUGGCAAAGCAGGACUUGUGCCAAGGGAGCAUGGGGUUUCCAUGGUUAUGGCAUGUUUGGAGAUGUCUUUCUGAAAGCUGUGUGUGUGUGUGUGUGUGUGUGUGUGUAUGAGAGACAGAGAAAGAGACGAUCGAUGCACCACAGGGUUCCUAUCAGCUAGAAUCAGCAGAGGUCUUGCACAGAGGAGGUGUUGGGAAAUUGGGAUGGAACAAAGGACAUGACGUGCAUGUGGCCAUGCUGUUCUCUCCGUUCUCUUGUGCUCUGGGGCUCUCCCUCCUGCCACUCCUCCUGUUUCAGUGCCCCGCCCACGCCUGCCCUGCCCGCUGCGAGUGCUCUGUGCCCACACGUUCUGUGUCAUGCCAUCGCAGGCGGUUAGUGCAGGUGCCUGAAGGCAUCCCUAUAGAGACAAGGGCAUUGGACCUUAGUAAAAACCGGCUGCGCAUUGUGACGCCACAGAACUUCUCCUCGCUGCUGUUGCUGGAGGAGCUGGACCUCAGCAACAACCUGUUGUCAUCUGUGGAACCUGGCAGCUUCCGCACUCAACCACGGCUACGCUCGCUCCGACUGCGCAGCAAUCAGCUGACUCUGUUGCCACGCGGAGCACUGGCUGGCCUCAGCGAGCUCACUCUGCUGGAUGUCAGUCAAAACCGUCUUGUUAUUCUGCUGGACUACGGUUUUGAGGAGCAGCGGAGGCUGCGGGUGCUAGAGCUGAGUGAUAAUGAGCUAGUGUUUAUCGCCCCACGGGCCUUCAGUGGCCUGGCGUCCCUGCGCUCUCUAACGCUGCAGCGAUGCAACCUGAGCACAGUGCCCACACAUGCUCUUGCACAUCUACACGGUCUAACCAGCCUGCGAUUGCGGGACUUGGGCAUCGCGGAGCUUCAGGCACACGCAUUUAAGGGUCUACCACGACUGAAACACCUUGAAGUGGACCGCUGGCCUUUGUUAGAAGGGUUUCCGACCUCUGCUUUGCAGGGGCUGAACCUCAGCACACUCUCCAUUACCCACACCAACUUGACGUCCGUGCCAGUGGUGACACAUCUGUUGUAUCUAACGCAUCUCAACCUGUCUUACAGUCGUAUACGUAUCCUGCCAGCAGGGUGGUUGAGAGGAAUGGACCGGCUGGAAGUUGUACGUGUGCGAAAGUCUAACCUGCUCAGUGUGGAACCUCAAGCCUUUCAAGGAGCCUCCUCGCUGCGCCUUCUUGACCUUUGUUACAACCGUCUCUCCACGCUUGAGAGGAGUGUUUUUCCUGCUUCUGAGGCCCUGCAGACUCUUCUGGUUGGCCAGAACCCAUUAGUGUGUGACUGUCGUCUACGCUGGCUCCUGGAGAGGACUCCACCUUUGCUGUAUGGCGAUGUUCAACCUGAAUGUAGUGCUCCUGCUCCCUUGGCUGGGAAGCCUCUUAGGGACCUGAUGGAACCUCAAAUCUCUCGCUACGUUAUCUGCACCAAGCCCAAGGUUGUCUCAAUGGCAACUUACCCAGCACAGGCAGAAGAAGGACAGAGAGCUUGGCUAUACUGCAGUGCGGAUGGUGCUCCACCACCUUCUGUGUCAUGGCUGACACCGCAUAGGCGACACAUUACCACAAAGAGCACGGGAAGAAUGGUGGUCCACACUAAUGGCUCGCUGGAGUUCCGCAUGGCAGAGCCUCAGGAUAGCGGCAUGUACGUGUGCGUGGCAUCGAACCCAGCGGGCAAUGCCACUCUGUCCAUCACUGUUGCUGUUAAAAGCUCGGGAAUCAGGGAUAGAGCCCUUUACGCCAACCGCAGCUUUCUGUUUGACUCCGACUACAACAGUUCCCUGAUUAAUGGCACGGAGGAGUACACCAUAAGGGUGGUGCUGGACUUCACCACCAUCCUGGUCUCCACAGCAAUGGGCUGCCUCAGCUUCCUGGGUGUCGUCUUGUUCUGUUUCUUGUUGUUGUUUGCAUGGAGCCGUGGCAAAGGGAAGCACAGAGGUAGCGUGGACAUUCAGUACGUCCCACGAAAGCGGAAAGGCGCAAACUCAGAACUUACAGAAACAAGUGGGCCCAGACGAGUCAACAUGAAGAUGAUCUAAACUUUUUAUAUGGCCGAGGAUUUCACAGGUUGCAUGGUUACGUAUGCGUGUCUGUUGGACUUUGUGAGUCUUUGGGUAUAUGUGCUGCAAAAGAUGCAAAGGAUGUAUUUAAUCAUGAGAGUUUACAUGUGGUAUCCCAAUGAAAAAAAGAAAGAAAAAGAAAAACGCCAAACCAUAUAAUGCGCGUCUUCUGCGAUGCUUCGUCUGUGGAAAGCAUUAUUUGGACAGUGCAGACGUGCUUAAGUUCAAGUUGUUGUAUAUAUUUCAUAUUUGUGGGAAAGAAUGGUAUAUUUCUAUAUAUAUAUAUAUAUAUGAAUAUAUCUAUUUACAGAUACAUUACAAUUACCUUUCAAAACGCUGCAAAAACUCAAGUUGUCUUCCCCAAUAAGCAAAGUAUCUACUGGAAAAAGCCUCGGCAGUGCUGUGUUGUGAAGUGUUUGGUUUUGCUCAGAAUUCCUGUUCUCUUGGGACAUCCUCUUCUUAGCAGAACCUCCAGGGGAACCGGAGAGUUUCCUGCCAUUUUGUUGUAAAGAUGUUAAAAUGCAAGAAGCCGACUGACAUAGUGGGUUCCAGGGGCUGUAUUUGUGACUCAGUGGAAGUCUGUGGAACUGUGUGAAAAUGUUCUUUUCUUUUCUUAUGUUCUGUCAAAUGCUGCUCAAAUGUUUUUACAUACUAAAUAUCUGGUUAUAUUUUCCAAAGAAAAUAAAUAUAAAUCGUACAGCUUGAUAAGUGUUACUGUCAUCUCAAAUCGUAUUCUUGCCCGUCUCAAGUGUUCCCUCUGGCACAAAACAGAUAUGAACCUACACCUUGUUAGCCUUAUUGCUUUUGGUGCUUCUU